AUGGCCGAUUGCGAAGUGAAAGAGUCUGGCAUUGAAAGCUUCACGAACAGUCAUGGCGUUACCGAUAGUGACACUCAGGCGAGGAACCAGACCUCACGCGCAAACGGCGGGUUGUACGUUAACUCUAACGCCGUCAGAGGUACAACCACCGGCACACACCCAAUCAUGUCCAUGAAUAAAUCAGACGGCGCCAUGAACGGCAUAAUAAAUUCUCACUUGGACCAAUCGACUUCUCUAGCGACACUUCACAUCGCUCAGCUGCCGGAAGAGUUGCUCGAGUCUUUCAAGACAACAUUUCCCGACGAUGUCUACGUGUCAGUAUCGCAAUUGGUGGAACGGGCGACACGAUUGUGUUGGACCGAUCUUGCAAGACUGCUAGAAAAACUCAGAGAGAUAAAGAUUCGUGACCCAAAGGAUAUCGCCGAUAGAAUCCCGGGCGAGGUUCACACACCAAACGACAGCUCAAAGGAAAACAGGGAGAAGAAGCUGAGAAUAUGGGAAUAUGCAGAAAAACACAAGCGUGUGCUGAUCAAGCUCCUGGUCAUUCUUCAAUGGAGCGCAAAGACAGAGGAGAACCAGGCCACAAUUGCUCUGAACUGGUACCUCAAUGAGCUUCGUCAGUGCUUCCACGGCGCUAACAAAGCUUUGGGAGAGACCCUGAGGUUCAACCACACAUGGCAAGAUGCUGCACCUGAUCUUCACACUGCCGCCGAGAUUCUCGCUGCUGGCAAGAUUGCUGCACUACCGGAUCUCGGUUAUGUCGAAGAGCGCAAGUUGACCGCAAAGCAGAUGUUGUCAACAAUGCGUCGUCUCGACAAUGUUUUGAGUGUGCGAAUGAUCGUCGAAGACAAUAUUCCUGCUCCGCUCAGCAAAUGGCGAAUCCACGAUGGUCGUGUUAUCUUCACCAUGCCUCACGAAUUUGAGAUCUCGCUUUCCGUCAUGGACGAAGAACCUGAUGCAAAGUUUCAAACCGUGGACGUCACAUUCAUCUUCUGGCCAAAACCCACCAUGUCCCAGUUUCUGCUCGAUGAUAUCUUAAUUACUACAAAUCAUCAGCUAGCUGAGAGAGGAAUCGAGGGCGCUUUUAGGUUCUUACACGAGUUGACGCUAACGCAGAAACUACAGGAGUUUUACCAACAAGCAGUACUUCUGACACAAGGCGUGUGGUCUGGUCAUCUUGAAGUCGAAAUGAUUAAGCGAACGCUUGUUGUGCAGUACUGGACAAGACGAGCUAGCAGUAAGAGCUGGAUCGAAGUCUCUAUCAAUAGUGGUCGUCUUGACCUGAAAGAAGAGCCAGUGGAAUACCCUAUUCCAUACAUACACCUUCGUUGGUUAAGAUAUGGAAAACUCGUCCCUGAUCACAUGAUCGAAAUCGAUCUGGUACACUUGUCCUUCGAAAGCAUCCUAAAUCAGGUUGUCGCUCAUCACAUUGACUUCCUUUUCGACAGUAUCUAUGACAGGCUAGCGGCUACUAAACUUUUCCAGAACGGCGACCUUGAACUAGAGCAGACUUCGUCGCUGACUGAUGGUCUUGAGUGUUCACUCUCUAUUGAAUUGUCCAAGAAGGAGCACGUACGGCUUACCUGUGACUGUGUAGCAGGUGCAGUCGUAAUAUCUCCUGCUACUGAUCGCACGAGCCGGUUACAAGCGGAACUUGCGCGGUCGAAAAAUGCGGUUGAGGACCUGUUGGCCAGAUUCCAGACUUUGAGAUGCAGCAUCGUUCACAACAGCUUGUCUCAAGCCAUGCGAGCAUCAUCCUGGCAGAAUCUGCCCGGCAUGCACAUUCCGUACAACGAGCUCAGAGAACUGUUUGGGCCCUCGAUCAUUCGAGCGAACUUUUUCAAACGAACUACUUGGGCAGAAAAUUGGCUACUUGUUGCAUCUUUUGGCACGUAUGGUGAUUUGUGGUGGCUUGUUCAUUACCCGAUCAAUGGCCAGCGUACUGUACAAGCAUUGGAAUACAAUCCAAUCCAUCUUCAAAAGUCACUCUCGUCUGGCUACCUGGAGAAAUUGGCUGAGUACGCUUCUAGAACUAUCACGAUGCAGACAAACCAGCACUCUGCGCUUGGGCUUGCUGUUAUGAGCAGCUUACCUAGUGCCGAAACUGCUGGUGCCGGAAGCAUGAAGGUCCAUCUAGAUGACCAGGAGGACCUUUGCGCAAUUCAGGGCGACAUUGUUGUGUCGUCCUCUAGCUCUAAGAGGGCUUCACAGAAACCUCACUUGAUCGCCUAUGCUCGAUUGAGAGCCCCUGACGAAGUUCUCAAGCAGUUAGUGGAAGCAGAGCUGGAUUCGUCAACAAAUAUCGACGCAGAUAAGCGGUUGCUUCAGCUACGCAUCCCUUGCGCGGUUGGCGAAGCACGCCUCGGAACAGUACUGACCAAGCUCCGACACAUCAAUGACUUGAUUAGUUGUAUGACUUUGGUCUACUAUUCCAAGGCUCUGACGACGCAACGUGUGACUAUGCAUGAAAUUGUCAUCGACUAUUCUACCGAUUUGACCUCGAAACUCAGUCUGGCUUUGGUAUUUGAGGGAACGUCGGAUGUCUCCAGAGUCCGGCUACUCCCACAAGGCAGUAAUCCGCACGCUCUAAUAUUGGAACAUAUUCAGCCACUCAUGUCUCCUACCCAGGGCACGUUAUCUGAACGCGUAAACAAGCUUCUUGCGACUUUGAGGAUGAACUUGGCGCUUGCCAGGUGCCUUCAGUAUCUGCAAGGGCUUGUUUGUGUUGCUGAGGUACCCAGCAUGAGCACAUUGAACCUAGCAGAAUCGCGAAAAUGGCUUCGCAUGCAUAUUUUAGCUAGGGACAUACAACGUUUUGGGGUCCACUUCUUCACAACUAACGCUGCUUUCAAGCAUGAUAUAGAUACUCAGGAGACCCCUCAAAAGAUGCUUGUACGCCUAGAGAUUGAACCUAAUCUUGGCGGCUUUGGGAGUAAGCUUGGCUGGAUCGUUCGGCCAGCUAUUGAGGAGUUCAAGAAUUACACUCGGCCCUCAUAUGCAUCGCAUGCGCUGGAGGAGCGUUUAAAGCAGCGACUUUUGAGUGCUAACGAUACUCGAUGGCUAAGUAUGGAUCAAGCAGUGAAGUGCUUGAUAGACCAACCUGGACCUCUGCUUGUGGCGCUACACGACAUAAUCCUGGAAUGGGUGAAGGAAGCUGUCGAAGAACAAUCUAGAGCCACAGAACCCCAGCCAAAUGAGGACGCUAUGCUGCGAGAUCCUGCUGGCCCCCAGACUAGUCAUCCCAAUGGUCAGCCCAAUCUAGCUUCAGUGCAGAACAUGCAGAACACUCAAAACUAUCCUCCGCAGCAGCCGGCCGUUGACACCAUGCAAUUGAAACAAGCUCAAGCCAUGAGAGCUCGCCAACAACAGAUGCAGCGGCAAAACGGCCACCCACAAAGUUUCCCACAAGGAAGACCUAUGAACUCAGCCAUGAACGUGCAGCAGAAUGGAAAUCCAAAUAUGAACAUCAACAUGAACGGCACAAGUAGAGUCAUGACUGCACCGCCCCAGCAGGUCAGACAACCACAGCCAAAUCCCCAACAGCGCAGAGCUGGCAUGAACCCAGCCGCACAACAACAACAGCAAGCUCGCAAUAAUCAAAACCGAAAUCAGAGACCACCACCUCAUCCGAACGAUGUGAUAAAUUUGGACUAG